AUGCCGCAGUCUAAGGAGGAGAGAAAGGCGGUUAGGAGGAAACUCGAAGUCAGAAAGCGAGAUAGAAGGCGAGCUGCCCAGCAGGAGGAAGCUCAGCGCCGGGCUGUACCACCUGCUCAGCCGGAAAUGAUAUUAACUGCUCAGCGCGAGCACGAGGAGGUGUUAGCUCCUCAUCGCCUUGCCGUAACAUCGCCGUUGGCGAAAUGCACCUCAAGCGGGCUGAAAUAG